AUGCUGGGAGUGGUGUCUGAAGUCGUGCACCCAUUGGUCCGUAUCGUACACUUUGGUCCCAUAAUAGCCCUAUUGAUCAUCAAAUGCGUGUUCUUCACGACACUGUCGCUGACAUCUCAAUGGCUUUAUAUGACCGACUCGGCCAUCGCGGCCAUCAAUUAUCUCCUGUACUACGCAUUCAUAGCCACAGUGCUAUACAACUUCUUCAGCGCCGUCUUCGUGGGGCCCGGCUUUGUGCCGAAGGGGUGGCAGCCGUCGGACCCUCGAGACGCUCAAUAUCUUCAGUUCUGCCAUCAGUGCGAUGGCUAUAAACCGGCGCGAAGUCAUCACUGCCGCCGAUGCGACAGAUGUGUGCUGAAGAUGGACCACCACUGCCCGUGGAUUAACAACUGCACCGGUUAUCGCAAUCAAUGCUAUUUUAUACUCUUUUUAUUGUCGGCCGUCUUGGGAUCCGUUCAGUCGAUCGUCUUACUAGUGAUGGGAUUGUAUCGCGGUUUCUAUUUGAACUGGUACUUAUAUCACUUAUCCGAUCGACUCGUGUAUAUAUCGAUGACUUCAUUACUAUUCGGUGUCUUCUCCAUCGGUUUGUCCAUCGGAGUGAUUAUAGCCGUCGGCGGACUCCUUGUUAUUCAAUUAAAAAUUUUAUUCAAGAAUCAGACGAGUGUUGAGGAAUGGAUUGUCACGAAAGCCAUGAGCAGGAAAAGAGACGAUGUCUUCAUAUAUCCCUAUAAUAUGGGCUUUUGGAUGAACGCUAAACAAGUUUUGUUGGAACCCAUAGAUAAUGGCAUAGAAUGGCCGGUGGAACAACUUCUACAGAAAGAGGAGAAGCGGAGCCGAGCGGUCACCUGCCGGGCGACCGACGCCUACAGCGGCUCCUGGUUUCCGGUGUCGCAGGGCCUCGGCGUAUGCCUGGCCUUCCCGUGCACUGACGAGCCGCGCAUUGCCAUCGCCGCCGGUGACUAUCUGGUGGUGACGCGCUCGAAGAAGCACUGGCUGUACGGCGAGAAACUUAAGCCCGUGGGUGAGCGGCGGCGAGAGCGCGGCUGGUUUCCCCGGCGGGUCGUCGUACAGGUGCACAUCGCCAAGAAUCAUGAGAUUCACCACAAACCAGACGAUAAUUUAUGUACAAAUGAUUGUGAAAAUAAAAAAUUAAAUUAA